CACCACCACCCCACACACACACACGCACACGCUCCUCACUACGCCGCGCUCCCGCACUGUCGCUCUGAUCAGGGUGGAGCAGGCAGCCUCCGCCUCCUCCUCCUCCACCUCGGCGUCAGCGUGCUGCGGGAAGUCGCUCGCUCCCUCGCGGGGAAUGGUGGUCGGCGGGUGAAGCUUCUCUCCGCUCAGGAGACAUGGAGGACUCGGAGAGCGCCGCGGAUGACGGACUGCUGGCCACCUGGCGAUGGAGCCGCAACGCGCGGGAGCAGGUACAGCUGAAGCAGAAGAUCAGAGACCUGCCCGGUUUACUGAAGCACGGCUUGCAUCUGAGGAAGAAGAGCCAGUCACCUGACACCGUCCCCGGACCCAGCGCUGGCGUCCACAGCAAAUCCAAGCAGUCAUGCUCUCAGAGUUUUCCGUGCGCAGGCCGCGCACUGAGAAACGCAUUCCUGUCCCACGGCCCGUAUCCAGCCAAAGACAAGAUCCACUUGGCACGGAUCAUCAGGAGGAGUUAUGUAGGUGUGGAGCUGGUGCAGUGGCUGCUGGAGCAGUGUGUGUUUGUCCAGUGCAGGAUGAUGGCAGCGCGGGUUUGGCAGGUGCUGCUGGAGCUCGGCAUUCUGCACUCAGUGGACCAGCGAGUGGUGUUCGAAGACUCCAACACGUACUACCAGUUCUCGUUCGAGGAGUGUGAUGCGCAGGGUUGUGAGUUUCGCUCGGAGGAGGAGUGGCAGAACGGAGUCAGACUGCUCAUGCAGCUUGUCCCCUACGUCCAGUUCAGGGUGGUCAGUCCUCCCGAAGAGGAUCCUGAAGGAAAACGAGAUAUCUGCGGAGAAAUUCUGCAGAUGAAAGCUUUGGAAAGGCUUACAUCCACGGUACAAAAUGAACUAGCUGCUGCGCUGGCAAGGAAAGCGAGGAAAUCAAUGUCUGAGGACGACAGUUCUGAAACAGGAGAAAGUUCUCCUCAAGAACCACAGAAGCCAAGUGAAGACAAAGUCAAGCAGGGUGGUGUGUGCGCGCUGAGGUCCCCGGACGAGUUUUCACGCCUGGAGAUGGUGCAGAGGCUGGCCAAGGACGGUUGCCGCUUCCUCCAGAACCAGAACUACAGACUACCUGAACGCUCUGCACAGGCGCAGGGCGAGGCAGCGGUGCGGGUGUGUUUGAAGGAGAGGGGUCAGGAUGUGCUGGUGCUCCAGAGAGUGGCGUCUGAUCGAGCAUCGCCUCAAACAGCGGGAGGAGUCAAAGAGGAUGACGGCGAAAGGAGGUACGUGGUGGUGUCUGGGACACCCCAUAAGAUCCUGGAGCACCUGCUGAGUGAUCUGAGGCUGGACGAACACCAGGGGGCGACGGAGGGCAAAGAAGCCGAGAUGCUGCUGGAUGACUUUUUGCUCACCUAUCUCGUGUUCAUGUCCACCAACGAUCUCUGCCAGGCGCUGCUCGGCCAUUACUGCACCAAGCGCUGCCGUGGUAAGGAGGAAGGAAAGGAGGCCCUCUACAGGAAGAGGAAGGUCCUGCACCUCGUCUCCCAGUGGAGCUCUCUGUAUAAAGACUUCCUGCGGGAGGAGGAGCAUGUCAAACUGUUCAUGAAGACACUGUACCGUUACGUGCUGGAGGACGUCUAUGAGUUCCCCACACUGGAGAAGGACCUGAAGGAGUUCCAGAAACUUCUGCGCCGCAGACACACUGUGGAUGAUUAUUCACCUCACCAGAAGAACAAAGCUCUUUUCCAGCAGCUGAGUCUGAGGGAGAAUGGUGUCCAGCUCCGUGGAGCACACAGUGACCACCGAGAAGUAAUGUGUCAUGUGUACGUGAGCUCAGACUCUUAUUUGAGUGUGAGAGUGAGGACGACAGUAGUGGCUCAGGAGCUCCUGCAUGUCGUGGCUCAGAGGAUGGAGAAACCUGUAGAGGACAUGGUGCUGGUGGCCCAGACCUACAGUGGAGAGAAACGCGUCCUGCAGCCUCACGACUGCAUUUUCUCCGAGACUCUGGCUCUUCCUGGGAGACUGAUGGCCUGCUGGAGAGACCUGAAUGAGAUUCUGCCUCCUCUAACAGACUGUGUGGAAUUGGCACAGCGGCCGUCGCGUCUCCUCGGCAUCAACACGUGGGACGUGUCUGUGGCGCUCACCAACCUCGACUGGAGUCUCUUCAACUCCGUACACGAGCAAGAGCUGGUGUACUACACGUUCAGUCGGCAGGCGAGCAGUGGCCACACGGUGGCGCUGGAGCAGCUCCUGCAGCGCUGUAAUGAGGUUCAGCAGUGGGUCAUGUCCGAGGUCCUGCUGUGUCCUUCGCUCGGAAAACGAGUCCAGCUGCUCAAGAAGUUCAUCAAGAUCGCUGCGCACUGUAAAGCACAGAGGAAUCUGAACUCCUCCUUUGCAAUCAUUAUGGGCCUAAACACAGCAGCAGUGAGUCGACUCAAUCAGACCUGGGAGAAAGUUCCUGGAAAAUUCAAGAAGCUUUUCUCUGAACUCGAGUUAUUAACUGACCCGUCUCUAAACCACAAGGCCUACAGAGACGCCUUCAGGAAGAUGAAGCCGCCUAAAAUCCCCUUCAUGCCUCUGCUGCUUAAAGACAUUACUUUCAUUCAUGAGGGAAACAAAACAUUUCAUGAUAAUCUCGUCAACUUUGAGAAGCUGCACAUGAUUGCAGACACCGUCCGUCUCAUACGCCACUGUCAGACUGAACAAACCGGAAGUGAAGUUGCCCAGAGCGACAGCGCGGACGUGAGAUCCAGCGUGCACUACCUUCACAUUAUUGACAAUCAGCAGACUCUUUUUGAGCUGUCGCACAGACUGGAGCCCAGAGCGUAACGCCACAACCUGCUGAAUGUUCACUAGAAAUGCGGCAGCAUCUUCUUACUGCUGCCACCAUGUCACGUUUGCUACGUCUUUCUUUCGUCUUUGUAAGCAGAUUCGCACAGAGGGAUCACGUCAAAUUCCUCAGCACUGACUGAACAAACUGUCUCAUUUUGGUGGCAUGCACUCCUUUGACCAAUAGAUGGAGAGGUUGAGCCCCUUCAUGAAUAAAUACCAAUAGGAGUUAGAUUAGAAUCCUGUGGUGUUUAUAAUGCUUUUAUUGUCUCUGCUGAGUCAAUAUUCACUAGUCGAUAUGUGGACGAGCCAAAUGACACAACGUCAGAUGUAUGAAGAUUUUUGAAGUUGCUACUUUUUUCAAUGUUAUAUAGCACGUCUUUUUUCCUGGAGCUCCACACCGGAGCGUACUGUGCUGUUAUUUUAUGUAUGUGUCAACUAUAUUACAGUUGAGAAGUAAUAUCGGGACACGACCCAAGCGUCCGAGUCGUCACACGAGUUUUCAGGGACAUGCCUGAGAUCCAGGCCUCGAUACGGAGUGAAAAAGCAGGACAGAGACGAGCAUGUGCUACGUCUGGACCCAGAGAUGUCAAAUCCAUGCUUAAUACAGACUUUGUAAUUCUAAAUAUCGUCAGUCGUUGUGAUAUUUGUUUGAAUCUUUUCAGCGGAAGUGGUUUUAGCCCAGCUUCCGUAACACAGUAUUAUUAUCGGAUACAUGGUUCUUUUUCUUCUGUGCAAUGCUUCAGACUCCUGAUGCAGUCGUUAACAGAGUGCAGUGUUCGUUUCUCGCUUCACAUGAGCCAUCAGGUUUACUUUCUCUGAUGCCACAUUGGACUGAAUCAAUUUAAGCAGGAGGCUAUUUAAUUUUUUUUUUUUUUGUUGCAUGUGUGCACAUAAUGUAAUUGCACUUAUUAUAUCUUUGUUUAUACAGUAAUGUGUAAUAUUGUAUAUAAGUUUAUAAAUGUACAAGUUUAUCGUGAAGCAUCUGCAUACAUAUUCGAUUUCUGUGCCAAAUAUUAUUAUGGGAGAGUGAUUUAAUAUUUAACAUUAAAAAUUGUGAAACCUUAGCCUUAUGUGCAGCUAUUAGAUUUUGCAAAAAUGCCCAGACGUUCAUUUAUUGGGUUUAUAUAUAUAUAUAUAUAUAUAUAUAUAUAUAUAUAUAUAUAUAUAUAUAUAUAUAUAUAUAUAUACAUAUAUAUAUAUAUUUCUUUUUUGGUCUAUGGGGAGUCCAUUUGUCUCAUUUUUAAUGCCCUCCACUGGCUGGACUCUUAAAGGGAUCACUGAAAAUAUUUAAAUUCAACACUGACACUCUUUUGAGAGGAGUAUGAUUUAAAAAUAAAAUAAAUAAAAAGAAAGAAAGCCAUGAAUCUUUUACAGUAUUUUUGGCUCGAAUAAAUAAACACCGCACAUUUCUUACUGACAUUUUUAUGCCGUUACAGGACUGAGGCAUUGUUAUUAUAAUUAUUUAUUAUUUUGUUUUGUUAUUUAUGUUUGACGAAGGAUGAUAACAGAGUAUCAUUUGUACAAAUCUCCAGUUAUAUAUAUAUAUAUAUAAAACUAUACUGUAAUAUUUUAAUAUGCUAAAUUGUACGUUUUUUUUGCAGUAACCUGGUGAAAAGAGGUGACUCGACUCAUCAAGUGUUGGGGGGAACUGUUUUAAAGGCUUAUUGUAUUUUGUUGCUGUUUAAUUUUUUCACACCAUGUCAGCUGGUUUGCAUGUGGUAAACACACCGACACACGAAGAUGAAAACCGCAAUCAUAAAUAUAAAUAGAUAAGCUCUGUAUUAUUUAUGUAUCAAAAAACGCAAAAUGCAAAGCAAUAUGGUUCCCUUUUGUGUGUUUUCCUUCGUUGCUAUAGAAACCACAUACAACUUUUCUAUAAUAUGCAUUUUUACAGCAAAUGAGUGAAUAAAACAUUUAUGUAAUAUUA